CUGACGUCAUAAAGUCAUCGGAUGAAAAGAAAUAUGUCGGCGUGCUGAGAGGAACAAGUGAUAGUGUUAUUGUAAAAAGUAUUGGUUUUCCGUUAUUCAAAAUUAAUUAAACAAUAUUCUAUUAGACUGCUUUAAAAUUGUCAAAAUGGCUUCACAUGGCAUAGGGCUCGGUAUCGGGAAGCCGGAAUACAUAGUCGGUGGAAAAUAUCGUUUAGUUCGUAAAAUCGGUAGUGGUUCUUUCGGUGACAUAUACUUGGGAAUAAAUAUCACAAACGGAGAGGAAGUAGCUUGUAAACUUGAGGGAAUUGGUGCAAGACAUCCUCAGCUUUUAUAUGAAAGUAAACUAUAUAAAAUUCUACAUGGUGGCAUAGGAAUACCACAUAUCAGAUAUUACGGACAAGAGAAGCACCAUAAUGUUCUCGUUAUGGAUUUAUUGGGACCGUCGUUGGAGGAUUUAUUCAAUUUCUGUUCUCGUCGUUUCACCAUCAAAACCGUACUCAUGUUGGCCGAUCAGAUGAUCGGCCGCGUCGAAUUCGUCCAUUGUAAAUCGUUCAUCCACCGCGACAUCAAACCCGAUAACUUCCUAAUGGGCAUCGGUCGCCAUUGCAACAAACUUUUCAUUAUCGAUUUCGGUUUGGCGAAAAAAUUUCGAGAUACCCGAACUAGGAUGCACAUAAUUUAUCGCGAGGACAAAAAUUUGACCGGUACCGCCCGAUACGCGUCGAUAAACGCGCACCUCGGUAUCGAGCAAUCACGUCGAGACGAUAUGGAAUCUUUAGGAUAUGUUCUGAUGUAUUUCAAUAGGGGCUGUUUACCCUGGCAAGGUUUAAAAGCGGCCACGAAAAAACAGAAAUACGAAAAAAUUAGCGAGAAAAAAAUGUCAACGCCCGUCGAAGUACUUUGCAAGGGUUUCCCCGCCGAAUUCUCGAUGUACCUAAACUAUUGCCGCGGAUUGCGCUUCGAGGAAGCCCCCGAUUACAUGUAUUUGAGGCAAUUGUUUCGAAUACUUUUCCGCACCCUCAACCACCAAUACGAUUACACCUUCGAUUGGACAAUGCUGAAACAAAAAACGGCCGCGACGGGUAGCAGCGUCGGAGGAGCCUCCACCCAACAACAAGUCACGCAAUCCAUACCCCAACAACCAGCGAACCGAGACAAAAAAGACGACGAAAAGACAAAGCAGAGUUCUGCUAAAGGAAAUCGUUAACCCAACAUUGAAAAUCUCAUCAGUUGGGCUAAUUCCGCAUCUGGUUGGUUGAUUUGAGCCAACAAAAAAAGACGUCUGACUCCUUUUAUAUAAAUUUAAAAAAAAAAAUUGAAUUUUAUUAAUAAGUGAGCAUAUACGAAUUAUUAUUAUUAUUAUUUACAAUUAUCACUACGUCGUUCUAACGGAUAUUGUAUAAAAUAUAAUGAAAUAACAAAAAAAAAAUAAAUAAAAAAUGAUGAAUUACUAGUAAAGAUGGCGGACCGCUUACAAAACAGGUCGCCAUCUUGGAUAACGAAUGCGUGUGUGUGUUUGUCGAAUGGUGUGAAUGCAAGUCAGGCUGUAUUAUUUAAAAUAUUUUUUAGAUAGCAUUAAACACGGUGUAUUUAGGAUCAUUUCGAGAUAAUUCGAUAAGUAUAUAUGUCAAAAACAGUCUGUUCUUAAAAGAAAUACCAACGCCGCCCCAACCGGUCACCGAAAAAAUCGUCCACCUCCUGUAUAUAUAUCCAUCUCUAUUUAGUUACCUUCUUUUUCUCUAUCCCCCGUAACUUUUUUCUGUAUAUUUUAGCGUCUAUUAGUUUCUCUUUGACCCCCGUAUAACACGAUUUUGAUUUUUCAUUAUUUCAAUUUUUCUCUAACCCCCGUAACUCGAUUUUGAUCUUACCACAUCCCAAUUAUCCUCAAACCCCCGUAAUUCGAUUUGGUUUUUCUAAUUUAUUAAUUUUCUUCUGACCCCUGUAACUCGAUUUUGUUUCCACAAUUUCUUAAUUUUGCUCAAACCCCCGUAACUUAUUUUUUAUUAUAAGUUUCUUAAUUUUCCCUUAACCCCUGUAAUUAGAUUUUCUUUUUUCAGCCUCGUAUUUUUUCUCUAACCCUUGUAACUCCAUUUUGUUUUUUUUUGUUCCUUAAUUUUUUUCUAGCCCCCAUAACUCAUUUUUGUAUUUAAAAUUUCAGUUUCGUAAUUUUCCUCAAGCCCUCGUAAUUUGAUUUUGUUUUUUAAGUCUCUUUAAAUUUUUUUCCGACCCCUGUAAUUGGAAUGAGUCCAUCUCUACUAAUAAAUUUAUUAAAAUACCCCUUGAAAUUAAUAAAUGUUCAUAUACAGGAAUUUUUCGAAGAAACAAAAUUUCAAAAUUAUUGAAAUUAAAAUACCAAAAAUUUUGAAAAAAUAUAUAAAUUCGUUCCGAUACGUUUAACAUUAGAGAUGGACGCGUUAUAUUUGUAACCUUACAUAAAAAAAAAUGUAAAAAAGUUUUUCGGUGACCGGCAGCGUUGCCAAUACUUUUUUUUUCAUAAAAAAAAACAUUGUAUAUAUUUUCAAAACGAUUUUGAUCAUAUACUUUAUUUAGUUGUUAUUUUUUUAAGGACCUAAUUUUUUUAUGAAGCUCUAUAAUCAUGCAUCUUCUUUUUCGACAUGUAAAUUGUUCGUAUAUUUUUAGAACACUCUGUAUUUCAAAAAAAAAAAUGUUCGCAUCUAGAUACCUCGCAAAUUCCAUGUUUCUUAAUCAUCAAUUUCAAAAUUUCUAAAUCGAUUUUCUCCAUGGUUACUUCGAUUUCAAAGUUAGGCUUCCAAACGUCUUAUAUCAAUGACAGUUGACAACUUUGACAAUCGGAAUUUUGAAAAAAAAAAUUUAUGAAUAUUGGUAAUUUUUUUUUGUUUAAAAUAACUUAUUGAGAAAGGUAACGCAUUUUCUAUUCGUAACAGUUUAUUUUCUGGCAGUAAAAGGUAGCGCAUUUUUUGUUCGUUAAAGAUAAUUACUAAAAGGUAACGCGUUUUUGCUCAUAAAAAGGUAACGCGUUUUUUGGAGACUUGUUAUGAUGAAAUCUAGAUGCGUACAUGACCUUUGGGCCUCCGAUAAGGCUACAUUACGGUUUUUUGUCGUAUAUAAAGUAGCCGGUGUUGUGUUGUCAUCGUAUUUAUUUAUUCAUCACGAACUGAUAAGUAUAAGAUCACGUUUUUCCUGUUUGUUUUUGAUUAUUAAUUAUUUUGAAUAUUAGUUGUAAAUGUGACCCAAAUAUUUACAAACAUACCGUAUAUUUGCUUAACAGAAACGGAUCAGGAAGGAUUUUUAACACCAAUUGUUUUGGAGAGGUGUAUAAAAAAGGUAACGCAGAGAAAAAAUCUGAAAUUAUAUUGAAAAAUGUUCCCGAAAUCGAUGUUAAUUGAAUAAAAUGUACUAUUUAAUAGUAAAAGGUUACGCCUAUUAAAAAAGGUUGCGCUUAUUUAAAAAAUUUUACUUCGUAAAUUUCUGGUAAAAAAUGUUAAAAGGUAACGCAAAUUUUAAAUGUGCGUAAAAUUAUUCGAAAAAUUUUCUAAAAAUGGAAAUAAUUUUCAUAGUUUUCCGUCUAAAUCAAACAAAAAAUUAACUAAAUUAAGAAAUUAUCAAUUUUAUCCGUAAAAAUGUAACGCAAUUUUAAAAAAAUCUAAAACGCCGCUACCUUUUUUCCAUUUCCAAUGAAAUCAACAAUUGAAACGUUAUCUAAGUGCGAAUUUAUUAGGAUGCAGACACCAUCGAUGAAUUUUAAAGGUAACGCACUUUCUAUUUGAAAAAUAUAUCGAGUUUCAAAUGGUUUUCACAUAUUCUACGAAUUUCACUAAAAAUAUAAAAAAUAUUAAAAAUUUUCAUAUUUUUUGGUAUAAUUGAAAAGAAAAUCACAAAUUUGAUGAUUAUUGCGUAAUUUUUAAAAAUGUAAAAACGCCGCUACCUUUUUUCCAUUUCAAAUAAAUUACAAUUAAGUAUGAAUAUAAGUUGGCUGCAGAAACCAUCAAUAAAAUUUCCAGGUACCGCAUGUUCUAAUCAGUAAAGGUAACGAAUUUUCAUGUUUGAUAGGUAGCGUGCUUUCGAAGGUAACGCAUAAUUUUUAACUUUAAAAAAAUGACAUUUUCAAACAAGGUAAGUCUAUAUUCCAAUGAUUCCAAAAUUUGUAUAACUAAUCGAUGAUUAAUAAUCUCAAAUAAUACGGGGCCAUUAAUAAAAUUACAUUGUUCUAUUGCGGAUUUUAACUUUAUAAUAUCCAGUCAGUUUUACGUAAAAAAUCAUUCAAAUGUGACAAUUUAUUAUUAACAUUCGUCAUUAGUGCAAUAUUUUAUUUGUAGAAGGGCCCAAAUUGAAAAAAAAAUAUCGUAGAAACACAAAUUCGGUUGAAUUGCAUUUGAAUAAUUUUUUCGAAGACGCCCCUGUACUUUAGAACCAAAUUUCGAGGUUCUACAAUUCGCAAUUGAACCAAUAGGAAACAAUCCGUGAUAGUUUUGAUCAUUUUUCGAAAUGUAGGGACUGUAUAUACUGCGAAAAUUGUGAAAUGAAUAAAAAUUGUAGAUGCGACAUCAGUGACUGCCAUAACCUUUCAAAAUUAAAUGUAAAUUCUUCGAUGUAUGUAUUGAUAACACUACAACAAUUUGCAAGUUAAGUUAUCGUUAUUAAUUUUCUGAUUUAAUUUCUAGUAGCUUUUAAAAUAGUUAUUUCAGGCGUUUGUUCGAUAAUUUAAGUUAUAACAAACAAAUUCGGUUCCGCAUUUGUAAUUUACAGUGUUACAGUGAGGAAUUGCAGGAAUAAAAUGAAUAAAAAACCAAAUAAA